AUGUUCCCCCGUCUUCGCAUGAUUACGGAACUAACUCACGCCAGCAACAUGCGCUUCGUACAGUUCGACGCCAAUAGUCCAUACUCUCUCGCGCAAUCCAGAUUCGAAAAGAAAGAACGAAAGCGAGGAUCUCAUAUGCCAUUCAUGUUUCGAUUGCCGUUUGCUCAAGGUGGUGUGUUCAGUGCAAAUAUGCUGGAUAGAUUACUUUACCAGGCAAUAAUCAAACCUUAUGUCGUUACUCUGACGCGAUUACUGUUAGGCAUCGAUCAGACCGCUGGCAGUGGAUAUCUGACAUCGUUUACCGUGACUGCGGAUGACCUUUGGAUUCAAACCUAUGGAAGAUUAUAUCAAAAACUCUGCUCUUCAGUUGCCGACAUACCCAUAGGGAUAUUCAGAACAAAGAACAUGGACUCGAAAACGGAGAUACAGGAACUUGAGACCUAUCCUGCCGAGCGACGCGCUCGCGUGCGCUUCUUCUAUGCGCGCAUUUGCCUUCGUCGGGAAACAGACCAUAAUAAUUCAGCCGUACCCGUUCUGGCUUAG